GAGUAGCAGUUGUAUUUUCUCGCCGUCUGGCAACUCUGCAAUCAGCUGUUUGAGAACUUGAAAGUUUAUUUUUAAACAACCCAAACAUAUAAAAUUGAUUUCCCCAAGGAAAUAUAGAUAGAUAAAACCCAAAAUCUAUGAGCCUGAUUUGCCGUCGACUUGGCUCGUCCUUGAGGCCCAUCGCCCGCACACUCCACCCCCUGCUCGCCAGGAAAAGCAUCGAAGCACAAAGGUCACCGCUGAAAAACAAACGAUUUUACGCCGGCAAAAGAAUGGAUUUAAAGUAUCUAAAUCAAAAGGAGGCCAUCGCCGUUGACCAGGAACUAUUCAAUGAGUACAAGUUCAGUGUGGACCAGCUAAUGGAGCUGGCGGGCUUGAGCUGCGCCCAUGCGGUGGCCAAAUGCUUCCCGGCGGAGAAGCAUCCGCGGAUUCUCGUUUGCUGUGGACCGGGAAACAAUGGCGGCGACGGCUUGGUGGCCGCCCGGCACCUCGCCCUCAUGGGCUACACACCCACCAUCUACUAUCCCAAGCCGACGGCCAAGCCGCUGUUCGAGAACCUCAGCCACCAGUGCCAACAGAUGGACAUCUGCGACGUGAAGGUGUGUCCGUCGGUGGAGAGUGCUGCCCGUGACUAUGACCUCAUCCUGGACGCGCUCUUCGGAUUCAGCUUCAAGCCGCCGGUGCGAGCGGACUUCUUCGCCGUCGUGGAACUGAUGCAGCAGACCAAAUUGCCAAUUGCCAGCGUCGACAUUCCCAGCGGCUGGGAUGUGGAGAAGGGCAAGCUGACCGAAUGCGACGUGGAGCCGGCGCUGCUCAUCUCACUGACUGCCCCGAAACUCUGUGCCCGCCAAUUCCGCGGCGAACAUCACUACUUGGGCGGCAGAUUCGUGCCGCCCGCCCUGCAGCGCAAAUACGAACUUAAUCUGCCCGUUUAUCCGGGCAACGAGCUGUGCGUCAAGCUGUGAUUUCUUCAUUUUUGCGGUUUCCCAAUAAGCGAUGGAGUCCUGAGCUGCAACGUCUGGUUUUCCAUCAUUUCAAAUGAAUUCUUGGUUGGAACAGCGACUCUUUUGAUUUCCAGGAUCAGCAAACACAAUG